AUGAUCGAUGUGUUCUGUAAUUCUCACAUAGGAGUUCAAAAAUUCUCGACGGCGGAAGAGGUUCUCCAGAACGAACGUGAGUCUCGACUUAGCAGCGAGGUAUAUGGGGCAGAGGAUACUGCCACUAAUGGUAAAUAUGUCCUAUGUCUCUGGAAUGACCAGAAACAUUCGUUUUCUGAUGCAUUAAAUGUUAUUCUGGGUGCGACACACAAGACUGUAGAGUUUGGCAAAAUGGUUAGCAGGAAAAUAGAUUCAAAUGGCCGAGCCAUGGUGAUUUUAUCUGAUGACUUGCCAAUGCUGAUGGAGAAGAAACGCAAAAUGGAAAAGACUGGGCUAGUCAAUACUGUUCGAAGUUCUAAAGACUACUUUAGAGAAGAAAUGUGUGCGACCAUCUGUUACUGGCUCGAUGAUUUAUCAAAGUCGUCCUUAAAGUCCAAUUAUUUUGUCCUGAGAGAAAUUAUGAGCAAGGUUCUCUGUACACCUUGGAACUAUGGAACUGAGCAGUUGAGAUCUGGAAAUGUCAAUGAAUGGAAUAAUGUUCCAAUUGACGAGGAUUCUACAUCGUUAAUUCGUUCACAUUCUUCUUUGAACGGUCCUUAUAUUCCAGAUAUUUCACAGCGAACCAUCAGAACAAAGUCGCUUCAUGUUCGGGAUCCUGACUAUGAGUCGGGUGAGGAUGAUGUUAUAUUCGAGGAUGAGGAAGAAGGAAGAGUGGAUGAAGGUGAUGAGGAUGAAGAUGCUCAGAGACCACAGCAAGUAGCUGGAGAAGAAUAUAUGGAGUUUGAUAGAGUUGAUGAAGUGUCUGACGAGAUUAAUAUGAGCACGGGACCGUCUCAAGGAGAAAUGAGUGGUAUUCGAGGGUCAGAAAUGGAUGUUACUGGUACUAGCAGCGACAAUGCCAGCAGCGUACCAGGCAUACAAGCAGCGCCAUCUAAGGUCUGGAAACAAACGGGCCCGACACCACCUCCACCAUUCAACCCUAGAUCACCCAUGCAAGUUAGUGCUCGUGUGCAAUAUCUGAUCUUUUUUGAUAUUAGGUUGUGGAAAGACCUCAGGCUAACACUAAGAGAUCUUUAUAUUUCUAUAUUGGUAUCCAACCCCGAGUACAAGAUCUUGUUGGGUCACUUUUAUGCUCAGCUGUAUCCACAGAUUGCUGAACUGUACAUGUUAGUCGAUAGAGAGCCUGAGUGUUCCAUUAUUAGCAGUCUUUCUACCCAGUUAUUCACGACUCCUAGCAUUGCCACUGAUUUAUUGAAGUACGACUAUUUCACCAAACUAAUAGCUGCCUUGUAUACAUUUUUCACUAGUGGAGAGGUUGGACCUCCAACAGCUGCAGAUCCAGAAGGUUACAUUGCACUCGAUUCUAAGGUUCUCAAAAAUAGAAGGUUCGGACAGUUGUUUCACGAUGUUGAGUAUCUUUUGAAUCGCAAUACCGAAAAAGACCUUGUGUCUUGCAAUGUGGAUAGAAUCUCUCAGGUUGCUGAAUUUAUGCUGCUUUUCCAAGGAAUGUCUCCUCUCCGUAGACAAAAGGAUAAACACAUUGAAUUUGAAUCUGAACUAUGGAUUUAUUUCUUUAACGCCGUUCCAUAUGUAUUGCAACUGGCGAUUGUUGUUGCAUCUGGUAUUGGCUCGUGUCAUGAUCCAGCCAAGGUUAGUCAAUGUGUGGGUAAAGUUGUUGGAAUCGUUGCAUCUUGGGCACAGGGUGAUUAUACUAGCAGAUUUAAAGCGGCUGAAGUUAUUCCUGGAAACCCUCAAUUCACAACUGCUACCGUCAAAUUUUCUGACAAGAUUGUCUCUGUUGAAAAUAUUGACUUCAAGGUGGAGAAUCAAUGGGUCAGUUUACACCACCCACUAAAUAGUUACUUAUCGUGGUUGAUCGAAUAUGCUUCAUUUGAAGAUGCUGCAACGUUGCGUAAAGUUCUUGUUUCGGGAAUAAAGAAUCAUUUGAGCAACAAGCCAGGACUCUUGGAAGAUGAAAACCUGCUUCAACUAGUGUUUGAGCAUCCUAUUAGAGUCCUCUCACUUCUGUCGCAAAUCCACAUUGGCCUCUGGGUGAGAAAUGGUUACUCUGUCCGCAGUCAACUUCAUCAUUAUAGAGAUUUCACUCUUCGUGAUAGUGCAUUUGUAAGGGAUGUGUUCAUGGCUCAGGCGGGACUGGUGGUUCUAAGACCAAAUACCAUCAUGAUGCAAUUACUCUCGCGCUUUUCGCUUCUUGACUGGCAAUUCAACAAACUUUUUGAUGACUCCCAGCGAAUGUAUAUGGUUGAAGAGUUCUUACACCACUUGAUCUACUUUCUUAUGGAACGCACUCAACUCAUGGGAUACUCCGAAAAGGAGGUUAAGAGGAAGUACAUUGUUAAAGAAAUUAUUCAGUGUCUGGCUUUCAAGGAUAUGGCAUUUUCUGAUAUCUGCAAGACGGUUCCUGAUCCUUUGUCGGGAGAUGAGAUGUUUGAGACUAUCUUGAGGGAAAUUGCCAUUUACAAAGCACCAACAGGCGUUCGAGACUACGGACUUUACCAGCUAAAAACUGAAUAUUAUAGCGAGUUUGACACCCACUAUAUCCACUUUUCGUCUGCUAAGAUUGAAGAGGCAGAAAGCAUGAUCAAAUCCAAGAUCCAUAAAACUACAGGACAGCCUUUGGAAUCUGUAGUCCAUGAACCACCACUCAAGCCUAUUACAUCAGGACCGUUUGCUGGUUUAGCAGGGUUUUCUAGAACAGUGCCAUUUGGAAAGUUUGCCUAUGAUCUAUUAUCAUAUAUCAUGGCACACCGCGCUGAAAAUGCAAACGAGGGUGCUUUGGGCCAAUUACUUCAGUUGUUCCAUGUUAUUGCUUUAGAUGACUUGGAACAGAAACCAGCUUCUCCAUUCGCUACAUCUUUCUCCUCACUAGCUGCGUUGGUUUGUGCCAGUUCUAAUGUUGAACAGGAAUAUCCUACGAUCAUGUCAUACCUUUGUAAAAUGCUCGAGCUUAAUGAGUUUUCAGAUUUCUCUGCCAAGAUUCGUCGAAUUAUCAAUCUCCUUCGUCAAAGAGAGCCAGAGUUAGUAGAUCCUCUAGUCAUAUCUUUAACAAGUGCAGAUGUGUUUACUCGCGAUAGCACUCCAAAGCCAGAUGACGCUGGUGCUGCUGAGAGAAAGAAGAAGCUCGGUCAAGAAAGAAAGGCACAGGUAUUGGCAGAAUUCCAGAAUAGACAAAAGCAAUUUGCACAAUUAAACAUGACAGACGAUAUGGAUCUAGACAAUGAUGCAGAUAUGAAAGAAACAGGAGAAGGUUUCGAAGAAGCGGAUGAUAAUGAAUGGCUCUUCCCAGAAAGCCAAUGUAUUCUCUGUCGCAUGCCAGAUGAUAAUAAACCUGGCAAUAACAAUGUUUUCGGACUUAUGGGCUAUGUGAUGCUUACAAACGUUGUCCGAAAAGUACCUCUGAAUGAUAAAGACUGGGUCUAUGAAGCUCUUGGUAAUGACAAAAACUUAGAUGAUGAUAUUUCUGUGGAUGACAUUGACAAGGCUGGGAAUGCCAAUUGGCAAAAGUACCGUCAUGAGCUACAUCAAACUUAUGACAUUGGGCCAGGUUUCCCUUCUCAUAGCACGGAUAGAACUGCUAUCAUGACCGGCUGUGGCCAUGGUGUGCAUUUUCAAUGCUACCAAGACUAUCUAAAAUCCACUCGGAAUAGAGGUCAACAGCUCACGAGAAACAACCCUGAAGAUACUUCUAGAGGAGAGUAUCUCUGUCCACUCUGCCGUGCGCUGAAUAAUACUUUCUUGCCGGUUUUGUGGAAGUCAAACAAGCUGGCUGCCAGUGAUUAUCUUCGGAUUUCAGAUCCGUCGGCUUUAGAAAACCUUGGCCAAAUGAUUCAGCAGGGCUCUUUUGAUGAAUUCACGACUGUUGACCAGUACAAUGAAAGAAUCUUUAGAGAAGGCACUGUGAAUAUGAAUCCAAGCUAUGCCCACUUGAUGGGAAUGGGGUCGGAAAACAGCUUUCCUGAUGUCAAAUUGGAUAAAGCCAUUAGUGAGCCCAUACAGCGUAUAUAUCAGGCCCGCUUCCAACAGGAAUCACAUCCCGAUGCUGCCUAUGUUGAUGAUGUGAACGGUAUGGUUGACUGUCUAGCUGGUACUAUUUCAGCCCUGGAAGUAUCACUGAGGGGUAAGGGAUAUUCUAACCCCAUGGGUGGUAUAGUUAUGGAUCAGAUUCCCACCCAAUCGCUUCAAAUGAUCAGAGUAUUUGGUGAGCUCUGUAAAACGUACAUCUCUUAUGCUACUACGUUGUGCGAAAAUCCAGACGACGAGUCCUAUGUGAAAAAUCGACAUCCUUCUCUGUACGGUCAGCGCAGCUUCCGGCUCAGAAAUCCUUUGGACAGUUCCUAUGUUACAUGUUUCCAAGAUUUUGCAUCUGCUGCUUUGCUGACAGCCCCAGCAAGUGGAGUAGAGGUUGGGCCUAUGCUAAGAGCUUACUGUACUGGAGCAAUUACUCACAUUUUGAAGACCGUGAUAGGAGAGGUUGCCAGAAAGGCACCUUGGGUGUGGAAUGAGAGGGUUUUUGAUCUUCCAGGUGCUGAAGGGAUCGAUGUUAAUGAUGUCGAAACGGCUAAGACACUGGAAACUUUGGCAGCUAUUAUAACUGCUAUAAGACCCCAUGUCGAGACUACCCCAGACACACAAGUACAUGAGAUAUGGAGCAAACCUGAGUUUGUACAAGUUGUAUACUCCAUUCUACGAAAGUGCUUAGCUCCAUUUUUGAGAAAAUGUGCUAUAUUUGUAUUUGCUAUAUGUGGCAACUAUGAUCCAUAUGAUUUCAUGGGCUUUGGAAAGGAAUUCCCCGAAAUCGACAAAUUGUGCGAAUAUCUUGGGUUGGAGAGUGUUAAUGCUCUGAUUCGAGCGAUUGCCCAGCCUCCUUCGGAGGGUGGCGUUGAAGAAAUGGUUUUCCAGAAAUAUGCUAGUCGAGGUUUUAAUAUGUUCUCUUCGGAGCUCGAGUAUCCUAGUGUGGUGCGUUUGUUGCGUCUGCCUAAGAGACUGGAUGAUUUUUUCAAUCUACGAAAUAAGUCGCUUGCUGGUAAGGUGACGACCGAUUUAGUUGCUGAUCCAGCUGUUUGUCUGUUUUGUGGUGUGAGUGUUGGAAUGCAAACACCUGCUUUUGACAACGAUCCCACUACUGGACAGUGUCAAGAACAUGCCAGACAAUGUGGAAAAGAUGUGGGUAUAUUUUUGUUGCCUAAACGUAGCUCAAUGCUGUUACUCAAGGGCCCUCAAGGAUCAUUUUCAGAGGGACCAUAUCUGGAUUUACAUGGUGAAGCUGACGAGACAAUGAGGUAA